AACAGUUAGGUCAGUAGCACAAAAAGUAACCCUAGCAUCCGUGACUUUGAUGUAAUUACCUUGCUUUAAUAGAGAAAUUCGCGAAAAAUGUAACUUAAAUUAAUUCACAAUAGCUUACACAGUGAAAAACGGAUAAUAAGAUAAUUACAUUUCCUGCUAAAAGUCCAUGUUUGGGCUCUAAAAUUUGCUAGCCACCCCCACCUUGAGUCCAGCGUUGAAAAAAAGUCAAGUGGCUAAGCUAACGCGAAGCUAGGCAAACAUUACUUGGCUAACCGGACGCGUUGACAGUGUUUUGCUUGUCAAGUACUUCACAUUAACAUCAUUAAUGUGAACUACCGACACUGUCAAACUGAAUGUGUAAACUUGACACACCGAGCUGUGUCGUUACCUUGGCAGCCAACAGCAUUGAAGGUAAAGAAAAUGUUAGCUAGCUAGCUAAUAAGACGGGCGGCAUUAGCUUUAGCAUAACAUAGCUGCGCUUGGGAGUCAGCUGACAGCCUGCUGUAAGCUGCCAGCAGACCAGUGAUGGAUCAACUGAAAGUAAAGGAUCGCAUAUUGGAAAACAUAUCCCUGUCUGUGAAGAAGUUGCAGAGUUACUUUGCGGCCUGUGAAGAUGAGACCCCAGCUAUCCGGAAUCACGACCGGGUCCUUCAGCGUCUCUGUGAACACCUGGACCAUGCUCUGCUGUACGGCCUGCAGGACAUCUCCUCAGGCUACUGGGUCCUGGUCCUUCACUUCACCAGGAAAGAGGCUGUCCGUCAGAUAGAUGAGCUCCAGCACAUAGCAACCAACCUCGGCCGAAGCCGUGCAUGGUUAUACCUUGCAUUGAGUGAGAGCUCUUUGGAGAGUUAUCUACGCCUCUUCCAGGAGAACCACGCAUUACUGCAGAAGUAUUAUUUCAAGAAUGCAUUAGUCUGCAGCCAUGACCACCUCACACUCUUCCUCACGCUGGUGUCCGGCCUGGAGUUCAUCCGCUUUGACCUGGAGCUGGAUGUGCCCUAUCUGGACGUGGCCCCCUACAUGCCAGAAUACUACAAACCCCAUAACCUGCUGGACUUUGAGGAGCGGCUGCCCAGCUCCGACAGCCUGUCCCUGCACUCCUUCACCUCCCUCACCUCCACCAACCUGGAGUGGGACGACAGCGCCAUAGCCCCCUCCAGUGAAGAUUAUGAUUUCGGUGACAUCUUCCCCGUGCUGCAGUCAUUGCCAAGUGCAGACUGGGAAGAGGGCGACCUGACGGACCAGGCCAGCUGCCCGCGCUCCAGCAGCUCCGAUCCGCAGACGGUCAUCAGCGACACCGUGGUCCUUUCUUCCGGCGGUCUGAGGAUGAAGGUAAUAUCUCAUCUAGCUCCUCACAGCCCCACCUUCAGACACAACCCCUUCAACGAGGACUCGGACACCAACACCUCAGCCGACGUCACGCCAGUGCACGUGGCCAGCAGACACAACUCCUUCACAGCUGGAGAGGACACAGAGGGCACCGGCAACGAGCUGGAGGUCAUCAGGAUGGCCAGGCGGAGGAAACCAGCCAAGAAGCGUCGAGGGAGGGGCUCCACAGAUUCUCUCAGCAGCAUCCACAACUCUGUAUCCUCUGAGCACAUGGAACUGGACCACCACCAUCUGCCCUCAGAGGAUGUGGAGUCACUAAACGGGACCCUGAUUCAGCUGGAUGCUGAGGCGGAGAUGAGGAGAAGUAGGGUGGGAUCAGAGGUUGUGGAGGAAGGAGAGGAGGAAGGAACGGAAGGCCUCCUACGGCUCCCGGAGAUGACGGACACCUCCAUGGACACCGUGGGUCAGUCCCUGCGUGAUGUCAUGGACCGGAUAAACGGCACUCUGGAUAGGGAGGAUGUGUGGGAGCAUCGAGAGGAGACAGAGAAGGAGAAAAGCAGUAAAGACAGCGAGAGGGGCCCCGAACCUCCUUCCCUGCAGCCCUUUCGAGAGGCAUCAGAGGGCGAGCCCCCCGACCCGGCCCGAGGAGAGACGCCUCGCUCCCCUCUGCCCACAAACCACCACUUCCUGCUUGCCUCUCCUGCGCCCGCAGACUUAUGCUGCUUUACCGCUGACAGUCCAGGCUCUCCUCCCACGGGUGGUGGCCACCAUGACCCUGCAGAGCAUCGUCAGCCGCAGAAUCUUCCAGGUGGCCCUCAAGAUGAAGCAGAGGCAGAAACAGCAGAAGGACAGGAGCCAGAGUUAAAGACGGAAGAAGGUACAGAAGAAGAAGAAGAAGAAAACAACAAGAAUACAUUUAAUGAGGAGGCAGAGAGUUCUCAUCCUGCUGAGUUUAAGGUGGACAACAAUCACCUGCUUCUUCUCAUGAUUCACGUGUUCAGGGAGAAUGAGGAGCAGCUUUUCAAGAUGUUGAGAAUGAGCACAGGCCAUAUGGAGGGCGACCUGCAGCCCCUGUACCUGCUGCUGACGGACUGUUACAUCUACCUGCUUAGGAAGGGAGCAGCAGAGAAGCCUUACACAGUAGAAGACGCCGUUUCUUACAAUGAGAUGGACUAUCUUUCAGUGGGCCUUGACCAACAGACAGUGAUGGUGGUUUGCAACAACAGAAGAAGGAAGUUCCUGUUGGACACAGCUGAUGCUUCUCUGACUCUGUGUUUCUUAUCCAUUCUGAAGUCAGCCAUGGUGAAGGGAUGUCGUGAGCCUCCGUACCCCUCUGUGCUGACGGACGCUACCAUGGAGAAACUGGCCCUCACUAAGUUUGUCUCCCAGGAAUCUCACUGUGAGGCAUAUGAAGUGUCUAUCCAGCUGUAUUCCCUGGUCCACUGGGAGGAUCCCAUGGACAUGACUCUGUCCCCCCAGGCUGGCCCACCAUCUGCUGGACGGCCUGCCAGCACCAAAGAGGGGUCUCUGCAGUACCGCUCCGGAACCACCUACCUGGGCAAGGAGCUGUGGAAGAGCUGCUACCUCGUCCUCAGCAAAGGGAUUCUGUACCUGUAUGCAGAAAGAACUGAUGUCACGCCUGUGCUGUCCGUCACUAUGGGAGGAGAGCACUGUGGAGGCUGCCGGCGCUCCAACAGCACGGAGCGGCCCCACGCCUUCCAGGUCAUCCUGACGGAGCGCCCCCCGCUGGAGCUCAUCGCCAACAACGAGCAGGACAUGUCCGAGUGGAUGCUGCUGCUCUGCCAGUCCGUCUCCAAAGGGGUCAUCCCUCAGGGUGUGGCCCCCACUCCCUGUAUCCCAUGUUGCCUGGUGAUGACAGACAGGAAGCUGCUCACCUGCCAUCAGGACUGUCAGACCAGCUUCUUCCGCUCGCUGGGCAGCGCCGACAUCUGUGAUGUCACCGCUGUCAGCGUGGAGACCGACAAGGAGUACUGCGUCAUUGAGUUUGCCUCAGAUCGGACACAGUUCCUUCCUCCCUGGGUGUUGUACUUCAGCGGCUGUGAGGAGAGAGAUCGACUGAUGGAGGUGUUAAGCACCACAUGGAAGGCCAUUUUCCAGGUUGACCUCCCCCACAGAGAGGUGGUGGACCCCUCUGUGCAGAAGCGCUGCAGCGAGGCCCUCGCCCUGAUGCACAGCGCCUGGCAGAGGGCAGACAGUCUGGCCCGAGGCAGAGCGCAGCGUGAACCCUGGUGCUGACAGACAAACACUCACACACUCACCUGUGGGUCGCCACUGAGACGUACUGAUAAACGGUUUGCUAUAGUUGCAGAAAAGAUAGAUUAAACUCUGGCAAACAGCCGCUGUAACCUGAGCUCAAAGCUAAAAAGAUCAGACGUGGUUAUUGGUCGUUGCACUGCAGCGUGAGCUUGUGAUGCACCUCUGAGAUACCGAUCUCUAUCAGAGAACUGCCUGCAGGAGUAGCAAGCAUCCAGCAGAUCACAUCGCAGUGAUGCAACAGCCAGACAUUCUUAAUCUAAAUGAAAUGAACGAAGACUAAUGGAUGGAUACAACCGAUUUUAUUUGAUGCUCGUGACACAUAUUCCUUUAUAAGAUAAAAGAAACAUUUGACGAAGCUGAGUUUGAAGAAAGACAAGGGUCCAUUACCAGCAGGUUCACUCCACAGAGAAAUGUUUUCUCUUAAUAAAAAUGAAAAAUCUGGGAUUUAUGUAGAGAAAGCCAUAUGUUAAGGGGGCAGUUGACUCUUAUUUGCGACGUGGGAAAGUUCACACUCCAUGCCUUGCAGACAGACAGAAAAAACGCUUUAUUUUCGCACAUAAAUGUUUGUUUAGUGAGGGCCCGUGACCAUACAGCGUCUUUUUUUUAUUUAAAUGGAUUCCAAUGAGAACAGCGCAUGAUGUCGGAAGCGUAUGUUUUGUCCGAGUGCUCUUCUGUCAAAUGGAAACUAUCAUAAGUUUCAUAAGAGACCGUAAAGCCCAUUGGUUGGAGCAGAAACAAACAUUGUGAACAAAUAUAUAGUAGCACAAACGGAUGAUGAAAUCCAUGCUUGUCGGUCAACAGCUGCGACCCCUUUUUUGACAUAUCGUUGUCAUAGAAACAAUAAAAAAGCGCAGGGAGUGUUUUAUUGUUGAAACGCUGGGAACGUCCGCUGCCAGCGAUUUUCCGCAAGAAAAAGGCGCUAUGGGGACACGUGCCCUACAAGAUGUGCUACUAAAGUACAAAAUAGAGCAAAAAACAGUGCUGUGUAGCAUCAACGCAUACUCACUGAUGGUUUCUAAUACUCCGUUUUGGUUUGUCUGCGGGCACAUACCUCUACACUGAAUUAUUGCCACAUAAGCUCGAGAGGAGGAGGAUCUCAAUAUGAAGGAUAUCUUUAUAUUUAGCUGUUUCACUGUGCAUGACAUGCUCGUGUCGUCUAUCUGAACUCUUGCUAAACCAAUUUAAAGAUUUUUUUAAAAUCAGGAAAUGCAACAGACUUGCCUUUUUCUCCACUCUGUAGAGACGAGCGGAGGCUUCCAUGCAGACUUGCACAUUGUGUUCGCUGUUGUUUUUCACAACAGUACCAGUUGUGGUUAUGUGUUAGUAUCAUAACAUGCUUUAAUUUCCAUUGUAGAGAAAGUGGGAAGUGUUACUAAAUUAUUUAAUUCAUAGCGGACAUUUUAUUGUUCCUGAUAUUGACGUAUACCUCUCUUUUAGUGUAUCGAGUAAGAAGAAUGUCAGUCAGUGUGAAGAAUAUGUUACAGACUGAGAGCUAGGAGUUGCCUUUUGUUUAAAACGAGUGGCAUCAUACUGUACUGUGCAGUACGACCUGACUAGUGCUGAAAGUGCCUUUCUGCACUAGUCAUUAAGACACUAUUUGAGGUUUAUGAAAUCCUUAAAUAUCCUUUUAACCAAGAGCAGAGUAUCAUCUGUUCUUAGCAGAUAAGUACUCUGUAAAAUCAUCUAAUAUUAAAGCAUCACUUGGAGAAGUAAUAAGAAUUGAAAAAGCCUAAACCGGCCGUGAUUAGGGCUGGGUAAUAUAUCGUUAUUAGAUCGAUAUUGUGAUAUGACACAAGAUAUCAUCUUACAUUUCUGAGCGUAAUGGUGUCUUUUCUUGGUUUUCAAGGCUGGAUUUUGUUUGAGCCAUACUACUAUUUGCCUUAAUAUCCACAAAACUAAGCAUUAUUUAAAAAUGUACAAGCACAGUCAACACUAUAAUAUGUCCCAAUAUAUAUAUCAAGGUAUUUGAUCAGAGAUAUGGUGAUAUUUGAUUUUCUCCAUAUUGCCAGCCAUUUCUGUGACGCUGUUGCCACAGAAUGCUCAUGUCAGCAUCUAUUUAUUUUCCAGAAGGUGUAAUAAUGAUAAUUGUCCAAUAAGAGGGUUUGCCUAAAAUGAUAUUGGGUUAAGCAUCUGCCUUCUACACUACCACUGAUUUAGUGCCGCUGCUCUGUGUAACGGUGUGUUUCUGCUCUCAUUAUGAGUAUGAAAUCAGCAUUAGGUUUCUUUUGCAAUGACAAUGUCACCUUUUUGGACAACCCAUGUCUAAACUGUACAAAAUGGCCAAUUUUGUUAAAACUAAAUGAAGCACUAAUCAUCCUUAUUAUCUGUUGCCUUACACUGUACAAUUUGACAGACUGUGUUGGAACACUUAAACAAUCAUCUUUUGAUUUGAGUUCUGGUUUCUUUUGAAAGUCAAGUCAAAGUAUGUGCUGUAUGUAGGGCUGAGUAUCCAAUGUUUUUAAGUACAGACAUCAAGGUGUCUGUAUCGAAUUCUGGUCCUUAUGCUCAUUGUUAUUUAGUUACACAUUUCCUGAUUUUUGCCGUUGGAAUUCAGCAGGUUUGUGUCAAAAAAUGUGAUUCUAUUCAGCCAAAUAUCUCCAAAUAAUGACCAUUCUGCUAUUUUUUUUCCCAAAGUUUUGAACACGCCUAGAAAAACCUUCAAUUGAUGCCCAGCCUUAUGUCAUAAAUGUAUGUUUGUGCAAAAUGUCUUUCUCCACUACAUGUUCAUGUCCACAUUAUCAGUGCUUUAAGCCUCUCUAAGUGCUACCAUUCAACUUCGGCUCUUUUACAAAGAAAUCUAAUCUCAGGUGAAAAAGGUACGUCACAUCCGAAACCUUAGCACUCACUUUUUUUUCUAUUUUGUUUCGACGCGGCGUUGUGAAGUUGUUUUGCGCACCUAAACAGACAAGGCUGCAAAGGAAUAUUAAAUGAUGGAUAAGGUGGUAUGUAAAAGUCCUUAAUAAUUCAGUGAGAUCUAAAAAAGGAUGUAGCUCACCAAGUGGAUUAUUUAAGGUAUUUUUGACCAGGGAGAGUUGGACUUACUUGAAUUGUUUGUUGGAUUAUCAAUAAAAGAAAUAAAGUUGUGGCCUAUGAAGUGUAUAUAAAGAAAAAGGUUAAAGUUCGUCUUUUUGGAACAGAGGGUUUGAAUGUGGGACAUUGCUGGCCAAUGAUGGAUGACAUCUUCUAAGUGAAAAGCGCCUUUUCGAUUUUGUUCAUAAAUGUAUACUGCAUGUAAUAUUUGUACAUGUUUAGCGGUUUAUUGAAUUGUAAAUAGAGCACUAAUCGAAUAUAACAUACUGUACACUCGCACAUAAAAACGUGCAUGUCCAGAAGGUUUUGUAAUGUUAAUGAAUGUACAAAUAUACCUUUGUGAUUGGAAAGCGUAACUGAAUAAACUGAGAUGAAAACAUUGGC